GGAACAAAGUGUACUGCUCUGGCCAUAAAAUAUACUCAGACCAAACAACAGUUGCCUGGGAACAAAUGAAAACAAAUGCCAUGUCUGCUCAAGUGAGUCCAGGCCACAACUGCGAGCUGCCUGACAGACAGCUACUGCACAACAUGUCAACUCUUUCCUUGUCGAACAGCCACAAUCUGACUAGUCUUUAUUUACAACUCUCUUCUUGGACAUUUUAAUAUGGAGAAUAUUUCUGAGUGACACAGUAUCUGGAGUCUUUCUUGGAACUGGAGAAGCAGGACUAAUUAAUGCUGCAGCAUGGCCAAAGGAAAGAAAAGCGCUCAGUCUAAAGGGAAGACGAUCACCCUGAAAGUGGCUCAGAACUGCGUGGAGCUGACGCUGGACAGUAAACGGCGCCUGGACCUCAGUUUCAAGGAGAUCGCCACGGUGCCAAAGUGCAUCCAGAAGCUGUGUGAAAUGGACGAACUGGACCUGAGCAGGAACCUGAUCAAGAAGAUUCCAGAUUUUAUCGACCGCUUCAUCAGCAUCAGUGUUUUGGAUCUGCACAGUAACUAUCUGGAGCAGCUGCCCGUGACCAUUGGCCGCCUCCAGAACCUGCAGGUUUUGAACCUGUGCAACAACCGUCUGACGAGCCUCCCCAACGAGCUUGGCCUGCUGAAGAAACUCCACACUCUGAACCUGGGUCUCAACCAGCUGGAGGCGCUCCCCUCCUCCAUCGGAGCCCUGAAGGAGCUCCGCAACAUCGGCCUCUCCGACAACCUAUUCACCCGCGUCCCCGCCUGCCUCUCCAGGCUGAACAAACUGGAGAAGGUCAACCUGGACAGGAACCCCAUCGUCACCGAGGAGACACCCAGCCACGAGUCAGUGAUGAUAACAGAGAGGCUUUACCUGGUCAAAGAGAGCAUCCUGUGUGAUGACUGCCUGAAUAAGUGCCAAACUGAGAGGAAGAUGCUGGAGGAUGUGGUGUCAUCACUUCAUCCAGAACAUGGUCCACAAUCGGAGAGACAUUGUUGAGGAUGAGGGAGACAUCGUCCACGAUCAGAGACAUUGUCCGUGAUCGCAGAGACAUCGUCCACGAUCGCAGAGACAUGGUCCAUGAUCGGAGAGACAUUGUUGAGGAUGAGGGAGACAUCGUCCACGAUUAGAGACAUUGUCCAUGAUUGCAGAGACCUUGUCAAAGAUGAGAGAGACGGUGUCCAUGAUCAGAGACAUUGUUCCAUGCUUCGUAGAGACCUUGCGAUAGAAUCGGCGGAGACUGGGGUCACCGAUUUGACGGCACUGCCCGCGAUCAUGGAGACAUUGCCGAUGAUCACAGAGACACCGUCUAUGAUCUCAGAGACAUCGUCCACGAUCACAAAGACAUUGUCCAUGAUCACAGAGACUUUGUCCAUAAUCUCAGAAACAUUGUUCACGAUCACAGAGACGUAGUCCACGAUCACAGAGAGUCUUCAAGCAAUGAAGAAGUUCUUUGACACCAGGACAGAGGCCUCCAGGUGUCACCACUUCAUCCAGGACAUGGUCCACGAUCGGAGAGAUAUUGUUGAGGAUGAGGGAGACAUCGUCCACGAUCAGAGACGUUGUCUAUGAUUGCAGAGACCUUGUCAAAGACGAGAGAGACGUUGUCCAUGAUCAGAGACAUUGUCCCAUGCUUCGUAGAGACCUUGCGAUAGAAUCGGCGGAGACUGGGGUCACCGAUUUGACGGCACUGCCCGCGAUCAUGGAAACAUUGCCGAUGAUCACAGAGACACCGUCUAUGAUCUCAGAGACAUCGUCCACAAUCACAAAGACAUUGUCUAUGAUCACAGAGACUUUGUCCAUAAUCUCAGAGACAUUGUCCGCGAUCACAGAGACGUAGUCCACAAUCGCAGAGAGCUAUCGUACAAUGAGGAAGUUCUUUGAGACCAGGACAGAGGCCUCCAGGUGUCACCACUUCAUCCAGGACAUGGUCCACGAUCGGAGAGACAUUGUUGAGGAUGAGGGAGACAUCGUCCACGAUCAGAGACGUUGUCUAUGAUUGCAGAGACCUUGUCAAAGACGAGAGAGACGUUGUCCGUGAUCAGAGACAUUGUCCCAUGCUUCGUAGAGACCUUGCGAUAGAAUCGGCGGAGACUGGGGUCACCGAUUUGACGGCACUGCCCGCGAUCAUGGAAACAUUGCCGAUGAUCACAGAGACACCGUCUAUGAUCUCAGAGACAUCGUCCACAAUCACUAAGACAUUGUCUAUGAUCACAGAGACUUUGUCCAUAAUCUCAGAAACAUUGUCCGCGAUCACAGAGACGUAGUCCACAAUCGCAGAGAGCUAUCGUACAAUGAGGAAGUUCUUUGAGACCAGGACAGAGGCCUUCAGGUGUCACCACUUCAUCCAGGACAUGGUCCACGAUCGGAGAGACAUUGUUGAGGAUGAGGGAGACAUCGUCCACGAUCAGAGACGUUGUCUAUGAUUGCAGAGACCUUGUCAAAGACGAGAGAGACGUUGUCCGUGAUCAGAGACAUUGUCCCAUGCUUCGUAGAGACCUUGCGAUAGAAUCGGCGGAGACUGGGGUCACCGAUUUGACGGCACUGCCCGCGAUCAUGGAGACAUUGCCGAUGAUCACAGAGACACCGUCUAUGAUCUCAGAGACAUCGUCCACGAUCACUAAGACAUUGUCCAUGAUCACAGAGACUUUGUCCAUAAUCUCAGGGACAUUGUCCGCGAUCACAGAGACGUAGUCCACGAUCACAGAGAGCUAUCGUACAAUGAGGAAGUUCUUUGAGACCAGGACAGAGGCCUCCAGGUAAUUCAAAAACAGCUUUACAUCAACUGUCCAACACAGAGCACUGACAUUAAACUGUUGAUGUUCAGUAGUCAGUAUAUCAGAAAAGUGUUAUAACAAUAAUAUUAAAUUGUCAGAAAAUGUUAUAGUUUAGUAGAAUGUCAAAAAUACUCAAAAAAUGUCAUAGUAUAUUAAGGUGUCAAAAAUAGUCAAAAAAUGUCAUAGUAUAGUAAGGUGUCAAAAAUAGUCAAAAAAUAUCAUAGUAUAGUAAGGGGUCAAAAAUAGUGAAAAAAUGUCAUAGUAUAGUAAGGGGUCAAAAAUAGUGAAAAAAUGUCAUAGUAUACUAAGGCAUGAAAAAUGGUCAAAAAAUGUCAUAGUAUAGUAAGGGGUCAAAAAUGGUCAAAAAAUGUCAUAGUAUAGUAAGGGGUCAAAAAUGGUCAAAAAAUGUCAUAGUAUAGUAAGGGGUCAAAAAUGGUCAAAAAAUGUCAUAGUAUAGUAAGGGGUCAAAAAUGGUCAAAAAAUGUCAUAGUAUAGUAAGGGGUCAAAAAUGGUCAAAAAAUGUCAUAGUAUAGUAAGGGGUCAAAAAUGGUCAAAAAAAUGUCAUAGUAUAGUAAGGCAUCAAAAACCACCAAAAAAUGUCAUAUUAUAGUAAGGUGUCAAAAAUGGUCAAAAAAUGUCAUAGUAUAGUAAGGUGUCAAAAAUAGU